UUUUCUUCUUACUCAGGCUUCGAGGUUACGAAACGGGUAUGGCGAUGAGCGAAGAGAAUGGGAAGAAGGAAGGAAGCAACUUGCUUGGGUCACCGACCUUCAAAGAGCUUGGGAAUGGUCGUUUCAAGUGCGUAGAGACUGGUCACGAGUUGCUCUCUAAGGACAUUGAGUCAUACUCUCACAGUAAAAAGUGCCGUUUAGGUCUCGUCGAUUUUGCCUUGUCCAAUAGUAAACCUCCUCUUAAUAUGUUCAAGCAAGACCCUCUCUGCCGUUCAAAGUUGAUCUGUAAGCUAACCGGAGAUAAAGUCAAUAAGUCCGAGGAACAUAUCUGGAAGCAUAUGAGUGGGAAGAGAUUUCUCAAUAAAUUAGAACAAGAGGAAGAAGAGAAGUUGUCGUGCCAUGGAAUGGAAGGUGAGGAGAGCUUACAGGAGCCGCAAAGUGCAGAUGAUGGUGGAAAAAAGGAUAGAAUGAAGAAGAAGAAGAAAAAGAAUAAGGACAAGGGAGUUGAAGAGAUUAUUUCUGAAGUUAGGAAGUCUUCUAAUGAAGACAGUGACACAGAAGAGGAAAAUUUCUGGAUGCCUCCUGUUGGAGAUCGCUGGGACCAUGAUGAUGGAGGAGAUCGAUGGGGUUCAGAUUCAGAGUCAGAGCAGGAAACUGAAGAGGGAGAUGUAAUUGACGAUGGUGCUGCUGCUGAGGAUUGCAAGGAGUCAGAAGAGUUAUCAUUGAGUACGAAAAGAAUGUCCAUAGAAAUUGGACCAAGCAGCUUUGCCUCAAGAAAGAAGAAAAGUAAGAAGAAUCACUAAACUUAAUAUAUGUUGGUAAGGUUAGUUGAAGAGAAACUUGUGCAAGACAGAACUUUUGUAGUCAAUGCAAGAAUUAAGGCAUGUCAGCCCAGGUUAUAUGCAUGAUGAUACAAAGUGGAUCUGGUUACAAAAUACAAUUUCUAAAAGAAUUGUUUCUUGUAUAAAGAAUCUGUUUUCUUCAGUGGAUUUGGGUGAGAGCAGCAUGAAGCUUAGUUAAAUUUUUAAGUCUUCAAGCUAAACAUGCAGUCAAAGCCAAGCAUGUUUUUGGCAUUAUUGUAGGUCGAUAGUUUUUUUAUGAUCCUGACUCAACCGAAUUCUUUACUUAUUCUUGGUAGGUAAUGAGUUUUAUCAUUCUGUUUCCAAUUAAGCACUUAUUUUGUGAUUUCA